AUCUGUGGCUGGGAAUAUCUGCUUCUCGUGCUUCUCCCAGAUCCCACAUCUCAAUGUUGUCUCUCUACCCCCGCAAUCCCUUCUGGUCACCCCUGCGAACAUCCAUCACCGCCGCUACGCGCUUCAGUCCCGCCAGACAUGCCUCCCUUAACUCCGCCAUCAAUCGUGGCAUUCGCAAAUCCCGUGGAGUAGAGGAUUACUCUCGCAGUAGGGACAGGGACAGGGACAGCGACUCUCGGCCGCAAAGGCUGGAUGAGAGGGACUCCCGCAAGCCAUGGAAGUCUAAGUCCGAGUUUGAUGAGAAUAAGGGCAAGUUUACAAGGGGAUCCGCUGGUCUUGAUGGCCGCAAGUCGGACGGCUUCUCUCGCAGGGGAGAUCGUGACUCCAAGCUAGAAAGGUUCGAGGAGAAGGACACACGCAAGCCAAAUGCGUUCUCUCGCGGGAGAGACAGGGACUUGAAGCCGCAAAGGUUUGAAGACAAGGACGCGCGCAAGCCGUGGAAAUCCAAGUCUGAGUUUGAUGACGGAGGCAGUGGCCGCGAUUUCUCUAACAAGAGGGACAGAGACUCCAGACCGCGGAGAUCUGACGACAGAGACCCCCGCAGGUCAUACAAACCUAAGACCGAGUUCGACGAGGAUGCGUUCAUUAAACUAGGGAAAUUCCAAGCAUUGCCCCGCGAGCUGCAAUCACCCCAGCGGCCCAGGUUUUCAUCAGAGAGAACGGAUAAUAAUUCGCGUGGGUCGUCCUAUACACAGGACCGCCCCUCUAGGUCGAGGGAGUCCUCUACCCAGGACCGCGACUUUGGUGGCCGCACUCCCAAGCGCCAGGAGCGAAAUGCCCAUCGCAUCACCGACAAAAUCCCCGAACGGGUGAAGAAGAACGUGCUGCCCCCCAGUGAGAUCCCAUACACCACACCAGCAUCGCAAUUUGUUUGUGGCACAUCCGCCAUCGAAGCCGCACUGCGCUGCGAGCGCCGCCAGCUAUACAAAUUAUACAUAUACCAGAACAUGGACGAGGAGCUCAACGAUGCCAAAGUAGGAAUCCGCAAGCUCGCUCUCGCAAAGAACGUCCCCGUCAAAAUGGCCUUCGGAGAAUGGGACCGUAUACUGGACAAGAUGAGCGCGGGCCGCCCCCACAACGGCUGUGUGCUGGAGGCAUCCCCACUGCCGCAACGGCCAGUCCUAAACCUCCAAGCCGUUCCCUCAGCUGAAGAACCCUACUUCAACGUCGAGCUCGGGCUGCAAUCCAAAGAAGAAGCCCUAGUAAACGGCACCAGCCCACGCGUUACAAUCAACAACGCCCUCCAAGCGCGGUACCCGGUGGUAGUCCUUUUGGACGGGGUCGUCGACACAGGCAACAUGGGCGCCAUCAUCCGCUCAGCCUACUACCUAGGCAUCGACGCGAUCGUCUUCGCGGGCCGAAACUCCGCGCGGCUGUCGGCCGUCUCGACAAAAACGGCGGCCGGCGCCGCAGAAAACAUGCCGCUCCUGCACACCAGAAAUGAAGUGGCGUUCAUUCAGCAAUCUAAAGCCAACGGCUGGCGGUUCCUGGCGGCCGAUGCUCCGGGUCCGAAUCCGAAGCUCAUCGAUCCCGUCACGCUUUACAGUAACGGUGAGGGGACACCCCUCGCACAGGCCCCGACGGUCCUGAUGCUGGGUAAUGAAAACACCGGGUUAAGUGGGCAUCUCCGGAGACAGGCAGAUGCGAUCAUCAGUUUGCCGGGGGCGCGGAUCAGCUCCGCGUUGGGGGUCAAGGCUGAUCCGGCUAGAGUGGACAGUCUGAAUGUUAGUGUUGCCGCGGCUUUGUUGAUGAAUAUGUUCCUUCGCAUGCCGGUUGCGACUCUAGAGACAAACAAGGUCUGGUGAAGCGUCGGACCAGAUGGAUAUAUAUCUUGUACAUUAAUGUAAAUCAAAUAGAAUAGACACGUACAACUUUUG